AGUCUCUAACUGGUAUCUAAAUGCACCAUGCAGGAGCCUCUUCUGACCCUUUUCUCCAGGAAAGAAGAAACACAGUCACCAAGCACAGCCAAGGAACAAUCAUUCCAUGAUAUUGCUCUUGCCCCAUCACUGGCUCAAUCAGGUUCUCCUGAUAUCACCAAUGAUACAAAGAGAAGUUCUUGCUUUAACCUCAUUGCCAACUUGAGCAUCAGAAAAAGGAAGAUUAACCAUCGCUCCCGCUCUGCUCCAUCCAUAUUAAUCACUGACAUGAAGGUAGAUUUUCAUGAUCCCUCUGAAACCAGACCUGCAUAUAGGUCAUCAACUUCAAUAGUUAGGCUAUCUUUCAUUGGUGUUUUCUUGUAUGUAGCUACUGGGGUUUUAGUGUACAUGACUAGUGGCAGUUUCAGGGGAACCACCACAUUCAGGCCUGUAGAUGCUGUGUACUUCACAGUGGUAACUCUAUGUACUAUUGGGUAUGGUGACAUUGUUCCUGAUUCCAUAUUUACCAAGAUAUUUACAUGUGGUUUCAUUUUGGUGGGUUUUGGAAUUAUUGGUUUUCUGCUCAAUGAGUUGGUGGUAUACAUUUGUGACACAAAUGAGGCAUUCUUAUUGAGCAUGAUGGAUGAGAAUCGAUACAAGAAAAUUCUCAGUACAUAUAUGGUUGAUGAAGAGAAGGGAAGAAUGAGGAUAAGAACCAAAGUUUGUCUUGCUUUGGCUGUUGUCAUUGGCUGUGUUGCUAUAGGAACAGUUACAUCACACUUUUUAGAGGAUCUGGAUUGGGCUGACAGUUUUUAUCUCUCGGUCACUUCUGUUACAACGGUUGGUUAUGGGGAUUAUUCUUUCAAAACUGUAGCUGGAAGAUGUUUUGCAAGUCUAUGGCUUUUGGUAAGCACAUUGGCCGUUGCCAGAGCCUUCCUGUAUCUCACUGAUUAUAACAUGCACAAGAGAAACCGUGAGAUGGCAAAAUGGAUUCUUCAGAAGAAGAUAACCUUAUCAGAUUUAGCAGCUGCAGACCUUGAUAAUGAUGGGUCAAUCAGCAAGUCUGAAUUUCUCAUAUACAAGCUUAAGCAGAUGGGGAAAAUUACAGAGAUUGACAUUCUGCAAAUAAGCAAACAAUUUGAUUCCUUGGACCCUGGCAUGUAUGGCAAGAUUACUCUAGCUGACCUGAUGGAAACUGUCUAAUUCAACCAACUCUCCUACAAGGGCGGACCGGUGCACAAGACUACCGAUAAUGUAGAGCUUGCGGAGUGCCCCCCAUUUUUGCAGUCACAACCCAACAGCACCAUCACUGCAGAAGUUGUGACUAUCAUCAAGACAAAGACAACCUUACUGU